AUGGCGCUUUAUGAGGCGUGGCUUCGAGCGGGUCAGCAAAAUGACCAGCUUGGCAAUCUCUUGACCACUGGUUCAAGACUGAUCCAGCAUCUCGAAUCUUAUAGCUUGCUUUCCGAGGCUAACGGCAUUCGAGAUGAGCUGUGGAAAUUGUUCUGUCGCAUGCUAGAUCGAUCAGAGGACAAGGGUAGCUCGACAUAUCAUCUCUUCCAAGCCAUCCUUGCUUCAUCGUCUGAACAAGACAUUUCCGCCUCACUUUUGGAGGAUGCCUUUGUACUCAUUGAGCAGAUGAGCGAUGCAGGUUCUCACAAGGCAUGCUUCUACUUGUCGCAAUGGGUCUUUGAGUACAGUGAAGAUGGAGCCGACAGCGAUGAUAGCUCCUCUGAGCUUGUGCUUCUGAAGUUUAGUACCUUGCUGUACAAGAUCUCCGAGAUUGAAGUCGACGUUCCUCUUAGUGGUUUGAUUGAAGAACUGGCUACACAGCUGGGAGUAUUGGCUAUGAGCUAUACUUCUGACAUCGACCUGAGCGUGUUGAGUGUCAGUCAUCUUACAUGCAUCCUCAGCAUCGCUGGCAAGCAGAACGACUACACUACUCUCAAGCGUAUCCUAGAACUUCUCUGGAACUCACGCGACCACUACGACUUCAAUCUCGAGCCCACCACCACAAUCGCUAUUGGCAAGCGGCUGGCAGAGGUUCAUUUCGCCUGUGGGGAGCAUAAUGCAGCUUUCACUCUUCUUGAGGACAUCAGCUAUAACCUCAAGGAUGUAUAUGGAGCCAACCACUCCAUGGCCAUGAGCUGCAUGAGGCUUCUGGCAUCCAUGCACGAAAGUCUAGGACAUCGUACCUCGGCUAUUGACGUCAGAUUCCUCAUGCUCAAAGACGCUGCGACAUGGGAGGACGACUUAACGUCUCCAGGGUCACAAGAUGAAGCUGUCGCCUUCUAUCUAGACCAACUGCAAUUCCUCAGGAACGGGUAUGCUACUGUCGGGCAGGAAUACUCGUGGCAUUUGGAGCAGAACAUGGAUUACCUCGAGGAGAUCACCUCCAAGGUAAAGCAAUUGAUCUCGGUAUCCACUUCUUCACAUGAUGUGGGAGAUAUCUUGGAUCUCGAGACUUGGGCUGGCUUAGAUGAGGUUGAGGUCAAUGAGGAUGCAUUGGAUGCUUGGUGCGCGCCCGAAGAUUGGAGAGUUGAUAUGGGAAUGGAGGAUGAUGGUGAUAGCUGUGCUUAUUCUACUUCGUCGACAAACGUGUAA